GAAGUAAAAGAACAGGAAACGUCAAAGUUGUUUGGCACACCGUGUUUGACUGGGAUAAAAGUGCUUUAUAUUAGUUUGUCAUUUAUUUCUAACGUCUGAAGCCAUGGCUGAGAGAAAUGGGCAGCUGAAGUCUGUGGUGAUUCGCAGCUUCAGGCGGUUCAGUGAACGAUAUUUUCCAGAGAAAGCUGCCAAAAACCUGAUGUCAGACGUGGAACAGAAAGAAGAGGAAUCACACUUGGGAUGUUUGGAAAGCUUACCGGUGGAUAUACAAUUCCUGAUCAUGACCUUUCUUUCUCCUGUGGAUAUCUGCAAUCUGGGAACCACCAGUCGAUACUGGAGGGCCAUGGUGAGAGAUCCGUUACUGUGGAGAUACUUCCUGUUGAGAGACAUGCAGCACUGGUUGUCCAUCGAUCAUCUGACUAUGCCUGAUCUGGAGUUGCUGGAUGCCCCGCUAGUUAGUGAACAUGAAAGCCUGGAAGACAGAGAAGAAGGGGAAGAGAAAAACAGGGAAGUGAUAUUUGACUACAUGUCAGAAUACUUAAAAGGUUGUCCAUCCUGCAGACAACAGUGGUUGCCCUCCCGACCAGCAUAUGAGCUUCUAACUUCAUUUCUUCAGUACCUGGUCCCCUCAUCUGAACCCCGUUAUGCAAUGUUCGGGCCUGGCAUGGAGCAGCUAGAUGUCUCUUUGGUCACAAGGCUCAUGCAUGCCCCAGACCUGUUACCUGUGUCAGGUACUCCACAAAGACAGAUAAAUGGUAUUGGCUCUGGGAUUAGCUACCUAUUCAACAACCAACACAAAUUUAACAUCCUAACUCUGUAUUCCACCAACUGGGCUGAGAGAGAAAAAGCACGUCUGCAGCAGCAGAGUGUCAGCAAUAAGCUCUUUAUCUUUGAAGGAACUAAUGACUGGGGUCAUCCAGUGGUUAUCCCUGCUCCUCAGGUGCAGAAGGUGUGUGAGGUGGUGGAUGGCUUCAUUUAUGUGGCCAAUGCAGAGCCUGGAAAAGGUGACGAGGCGUCUGAGGUGGCCCAGAUUAGAGCUGUGCUGAAUUGUGUUGGGGAUUCCACAACUAAGCCUCUACUGGUGCUCUCCUGUGUGUCCCGAGAACCAGAGGCAGCGAGUGAUAGAGCCAAACAUCGAACACCCUGUGUUUAUAUGGCUAAGAGACUUGGCCUUCCUCAGCUAUCUAAUCGCUGGAUGGUGCAGGAUACAGUGGCAGAAUCACUGGCAGGUGUUUUGGAUGGGAUUGCCUGGCUGCUGAAAUCUUCUGGUGUCAAAAUUUAGUGAUGACAAUUCUGAAAAUCCUAAUACCAUCAAAGGGAAUUUGACCACAGACCACCAUGCCAUUUCAUCUUGAUGCCAAUACACACUUCUUUAUUAUUUUUACCUUGUAUGCAUAGCUGUUUGAUCUGCCAAAGUCUUAUUAGAAGAGCACUACUGAUGGAGCGUCAUUAUUGUGGGUGAGUGGAUAGAGGUAUCAUUUUUGAAUUGUGCAAAUGAAGCAAAUAAAAUGCAUAGUUUAACACUAAUUCCAAGAAAACUAAAGACUGAUGCUGCAUUGAGGAUAUUAUUUACAUAUAUUACAUAUCCGGGGGAAGAGGUACCGUCAAAAAUAAAUUUUCACCCUGAAAAAAAUAAAAAAUCUAGUUUUGAUCCCUAGGUUUCAUAGUUAUGAAUGUUUACCAGAAACUGUCCUGUGAAGGCAUUAUACUUUUUUGUUCCCAAGGGGAAAUUAUUUUCCACAGACUAGCCCCUGGACUCUCCUUACCAGUGGUGAAAGUCUUAUUAUGGAAACAUUAGAAGAAAAGAAGCUUUCAAGUGCACCGUUUGCACACAGCUAAAUUAAUACCAGCAAUUUAUUUAAAAAAAAAGAAAUGUUGCCUUUUGAUAAACAAUGAACACUUGAAAUGUAUAAGCUGUUUUUGUUGAAUACACUUUUUUUUUAUCUCUUGAGAGCAGGAACAAAUUAUCUUUUUUAUUCAUUUCUGUAUUUUUAUUAUACUUGUACAUUUCCUUUUUAUGCAGUGCCUCUGAAAAAUCACUAACCAUUUUGUCAAUUUACAAUCACAAAUGUUGGUGUAUUAUUCUGAGAUUUGUCUUUGUGAUAGACCAAUAUAAAGUGGUACAUUACUGUUUAAGUGAAAGGUAAAAGUUUUCUUUUUACAAAUAAAUAUCUGAAAAGA